UUAACCUCUGGCCGCCGGCGCCCUGCACGGCCGGGGCGCAGCGGCCGGGCGGCGCGCGGGCGGACCGGCGGCGGACGAUGACGUGCUACCGGGGCUUCCUGCUGGGCGGCUGCCGGCGCGUGGCGGGCGGCCGGGCGGCGCUGCGGGCUCCGGGCGCGGGCGGCCGGCGGCGCCUGGGGCAGGGGCCGGCGGGCGAGCUGGCGGGCUGCGGCCGGCGCCCCGACGGCGGCUUCCGGCCGUCCCGGGUGGUGGUGGUGGCCAAGACCACCCGCUACGAGUUCGAGCAGCAGCGGUACCGCUACGCGGAGCUCUCGGAGGAGGACCUCAAGCACCUGCUUGCGUUGAAAGGCUCUAGCUACAGUGGACUGCUUGAACGGCAUCGUAUUCAUACCAAGAAUGUGGAGCAUAUUCUAGACAGUUUACGGAAGGAGGGCAUUGAGGUUCGCCUGGUGAAGAGGAGAGAAUACGAUGAGGAAACUGUCCAGUGGGCGGAUGCCGUCAUAGCCGCAGGAGGUGACGGCACAAUGCUUCUGGCAGCAAGCAAAGUGCUGGACAGACUUAAACCGGUGAUUGGCGUGAACACGGAUCCAGAACGGUCUGAGGGUCAUUUGUGUCUUCCUGUUCGCUACACACAUUCCUUCCCAGAAGCCUUACAGAAGUUCUAUCGUGGUGAGUUCAGGUGGUUGUGGAGGCAGCGUAUCAGGUUAUAUCUUGAAGGGACUGGCAUCAAUCCCAUUCCUGUGGACCUUCAUGAACAGCAGCUAAGUUUGAGUCAACACAGUAGAGCCUUCAAUAUUGACAGAGUUCAUGAUGACAGGCCCGAGGCCUCAGGACCCCAGCUUUUGCCGGUGAGAGCACUAAAUGAAGUCUUCAUUGGGGAGAGUCUGUCAUCCAGAUUCAGACUAACCAUUUUUGUCAGGAAUACUGCAAUGUCAUUUUCUUGGGCUGUAGCAGUGGACAGUUUAAGAAGAAGUUUACCCACUCUAAAGGGACUGGCUUCCUACUAUGAGAUUUCAAUUGAUGAUGGCCCCUGGGAAAAACAGAAGAGUUCAGGGCUCAAUCUGUGCACUGGAACAGGAUCAAAGGCCUGGUCGUUCAAUAUUAACAGGGUUGCAACUCAGGCUGUGGAAGAUGUUUUAAAUAUUGCAAAACGACAAGGAAGUUUAAGUCUUCCAUUGAACAGAGAACUGGUAGAAAAAGUAACAAACGAAUAUAAUGAAUCGCUGCUCUAUAGUCCGGAAGAACCAAAAAUACUUUUCAGUAUUCGAGAACCAAUAGCAAACAGAGUUUUCUCAAGCACCCGCCAGCGCUGUUUCACCUCAAAGGUCUGUGUCCGUUCUCGCUGUUGGGAUGCCUGUAUGGUUGUGGAUGGAGGCACUUCUUUUGAGUUUAAUGAUGGAGCAAUUGCUUCAAUGAUGAUCAAUAAAGAAGACGAGCUUCGAACUGUGCUUCUAGAACAGUGAAGGAUUUCCUCAGACGGGACUUUGAUUACCAGAAAAAUACUUGCACUGCUGGAACAGACUGCCGGUCCGACAGCGACCUCUUUGGGUUAUUGUGAGACUGGUUGGCCCUGUGCUCAAAGGUGACUAAGAAAGUGAGACUUAUUUUCCUGUUGGUUCUGGUGGAGACGUUCACUGUGUAAGAGAGUAGAUGGACUAAACUGUAGAGUUGAUACCAGCGAAAUUUCUAUAUUACCUAGGAGUGGUAUUCAAGAGUACUUGGUAUCGUUUAAAUUUAGAGGUGGGUUCCAAAUAAAGGAAUAAGUGUUUCCUUCCCUUCCCUCCUUACUGUGUGGAAUUGGUCAGAACAAACACCUGUCAUUAGUAUAUCAAAAGUAUAUAUUUUUUUAUAGCACCUAAAAAUCAAGAUUUAAAGAAAUUUUUGAUGGAGAAUUUUGAUAAAUCCUGACAUUGACCUAAUUAAAGCAAGUAAAUGUGUUUUUCUAUAAGCUAAGAAUUUUCUAAUUUCAGAAUGCAAUGAUAUUAUGACUAGUAAGAAGUUCAAACAUUUUUUUUAAAUUAUUUAGUUUUCAUUUGCCUUUCAGGUUAAUUUUGACAAUGCAGGGUGAAUUGAAGUACAUGUAACUGGACAGAAUCAUGAUGCUGUUAUAAAUUAAUUAUCCUAUAUUUCAUAUAGCUAUUUUAGGUGAUAGGCAAUUUUUAAAAAAUGACUUUAAUAGAUUUCUUCCAUAUUUAAAACUCUUUAACAUGGAUUCAAAGACUAAAAGGAUGAACUGAUUAAGCCAUAUUUUGCUAGGAGUUUUGUCAAACCUUUCAAAACUAUUAUUUACUUUUAAUACCACCGUAGUUUCCACCUAGCUCAUAUUCCAAGUUUUCACAUUAGCUUUGGAGGAUGAAAUGUUACGGCCUUUUGUCCCAUGAGAAUUUUUUCCCCCCUAAUUCUUGACCUACUUAUAUGUAUCCUGCCCUUUUCACAAAAAGCACCUAUUGCUGCAUCUUAAAAUCAUUGGUAGUCACAUGCCAUUUGUUCAAUCAUUGAAAUAUUUAUUGGAUACCCAUCUGUGCCAUGUACUGGUUCAACUGCCGGGUAUUCACUGAUGAAUGGAAUGGACUGUCCUGAUAGAACGGAUAAUCAAAUUGAGUACUCCUAGUUUUGCCAACAUUUAACAUUCUUGUCAAACUUUUAAUAUAAAUGUUACUACACAAAAGUAACCUAGGCUUUGAUAUAUAUCCAGAACAAGAACCUGUUUUUCUUUUCCUAGUUAAGAGUAUCUGUAUACUCAUUAGCAAACAGUUAACAUGAUGGGUUCAGUAAAUAUUAGUGUUUUUCCAGAGCUGGUCUAGUUUCUGGUUUGAUUUACAAGUGAUACCUUAAGAUCUACUUUACAAAGUGAAAUUCCACAGUAUAGAAACACCCUGAAUAAGUUUAAAAUGUCUUCUUGACAGAAAUGCCAACUCCGUCUUUAAUAUCAAGGUAUUCUGUCCAUGUGGCACCACAGAUCCGUAACAUUAAUAGGUAACCUGCUGUGUAACACUGUUCGUGAGCCAUAUUCCAAAGGUUUAAAAAUUGCUUAAUGUGCUCCUAAUAUUUCUGCUCUGUGGUGGGGAUUUAUUUGUAAGAGGUGAUGAGAGGCAAAGGAUGUUAGAAUAGCAAAAAUGUUUUUUGAAUUAACUUUUAAUGGCAACAAGAUGUGAAUAAAAGUAAACUAUUGUUA